UCCCGGCCCCGAGCCCUGCUGGCCGGCGAGGUGUCGCGACCGGUCCCAGGUGGGUCGGGCGCGGAGAGAAGCCGCAACCAGAGCCGCCGCCACGGUGAGUGGCUGGAUUCAGACCCCUGGGUGGCCGGGACAAGAGAAAAGCGGGAGGAGGGCCUUUAGCGGACAGCGCCUGGGGCUGGAGAGCAGCAGCUGCACACAGCCGGAAAGGGCGUGCAGGCGACGACACUCGGAUCCACAUCGACAUCCUUGUACAAAGAUACGCGGACCCGUACGUAUACCUGUACGUGUGCUGGCGCACACACGGCAGCGUCCGUGCAGUCGCACUCGCACACACAUGCACACGGAGACGUGCCCACCGGUGCACUGGUGCCUGCACCCGCACCCUUCACGCACAAACUCAAAGAUACGCUCACCCGUGUCUGUACAUCAAGACAGGCGCUGACACACACCCACACUGAGCAGCUCGGGAUUCACCUAUCUACACACUUGCUCGCUUGCACACUCAUGUCGACGCCAUGGACACACAACAUGCAACCAAGCACUACAGCCGAAACACACUUGUGGAGCUGUGAUGGAGACACACGCUUGUAUUGGGUGGGUGGGGAGCGUGCAGAGGUCUCCCUGUCGCCUGCGCGCCCAGAGCCGGUGCGGUGUGGGACCAGCUGCUGUUGCGAGGUUUGGGAGAGAGAGAAAAGAGCCCAUUCCGAGGAGGAGACACUUUUCCCGCGGCCCCAGAAUCGCGUUCUCGGGGCAGAACCCCGGGGCCUCCCACAGGAAAGAGCCCCCGCCUACAGGCUGUUCGAAGGGGAGGCCGUCCGACAGCAGGAAUGUCCCCCCAAAAGCCCCCGGGGUUUAUCAGCCGUGGCCUCCCUCCUAGCAGAAAAUCCCAAGGUUGCUCCAGACCGGGGGAGGGGAGCGGGAGGCUGACUUGGCCCCAGACUGCCAGCCUCCUCCCGGCCGUGAAGGACCCUCCUGUUCCCUGCCCUGGAGGGAGGAGGGGGCUUAACCCCCACCGGGGCUUCCCUGAUUCUCCUAGCCCUCUGCCCGCUGAAAAGCAGCGGGAGCCCGUAGACUGGCGAGGGCCUCCCGCCCCUCCCGUCGCGAGGGCGGGGCCAGUGGCGUCAUUUCCAGGCCCGCCCCCUCCGGCCCCGCCUCCCCUUGGUAUUUUCGGGACUUUCCUAAGCUGCUCUAACUUUCCUGCCCCUUCCCCGGCCAAGCCCAACUCCGGAUCUCGCUCUCCACCGGAUCUCACCCGCCACACCCGGACGGGCGGCUGGAGGAGGUCGGACCCUCCCCCAAAUCUGGGCCCCCAUCUCCCGCCCACCCCCAUUUAGAUCUGACCCCCUCCCCCACGCCACUCCUCCCAACUUUAGGCGGGCGCCUAAAAUUCUGGGAAGCAGAACCUGGCCGGAGCCACUAGACAGAGCCGGGCCUAGCCCAGAGACAUGGAGAGUUGCUACAACCCAGGUCUGGAUGGUAUUAUUGAAUAUGAUGAUUUCAAAUUAAACUCCUCCAUUGUGGAACACAAGGAGCCAGCCCCAGAAACAGCUGAUGGCCCCUACCUGGUGAUCGUGGAACAGCCUAAGCAGAGAGGCUUCCGAUUUCGAUAUGGCUGUGAAGGCCCCUCCCAUGGAGGAUUGCCCGGUGCCUCCAGUGAGAAGGGCCGAAAGACCUAUCCCACUGUCAAGAUCUGUAACUACGAGGGACCAGCCAAGAUCGAGGUCGACCUGGUAACACACAGUGACCCACCUCGUGCUCAUGCCCACAGUCUGGUGGGCAAGCAAUGCUCGGAGCUGGGGAUCUGCGCCGUUUCUGUGGGGCCCAAGGACAUGACUGCCCAAUUUAACAACCUGGGUGUCCUGCAUGUGACUAAGAAGAACAUGAUGGGGACUAUGAUACAAAAACUUCAGAGGCAGCUGCUCCGCUCUAGGCCCCAGGGCCUUACGGAGGCUGAGCAGCGGGAGCUGGAGCAAGAGGCCAAAGAACUGAAGAAGGUGAUGGAUCUGAGUAUAGUGCGGCUGCGCUUCUCUGCCUUCCUUCGAGCCAGUGAUGGCUCCUUCUCCCUGCCCCUGAAGCCAGUCAUCUCCCAGCCCAUCCAUGACAGCAAAUCUCCGGGAGCAUCAAACCUGAAGAUUUCUCGAAUGGACAAGACAGCAGGCUCUGUGCGGGGUGGAGAUGAAGUUUAUCUGCUUUGUGACAAGGUGCAGAAAGAUGACAUUGAGGUUCGGUUCUAUGAGGAUGAUGAGAAUGGAUGGCAGGCCUUUGGGGACUUCUCUCCCACAGAUGUGCAUAAACAGUAUGCCAUUGUGUUCCGGACACCCCCCUACCACAAGAUGAAGAUUGAGCGGCCGGUAACAGUGUUCCUACAACUGAAACGCAAGCGAGGAGGGGACGUGUCUGAUUCCAAACAGUUCACCUAUUACCCUCUGGUGGAAGACAAGGAAGAGGUGCAGCGGAAGCGGAGGAAGGCCUUACCCACCUUCUCCCAGCCCUUCGGGGGUGGCUCCCACAUGGGUGGAGGCUCUGGGGGUGCAGCCGGGGGCUACGGAGGAGCUGGAGGAGGUGGCAGCCUCGGUUUCUUCCCCUCCUCCCUGGCCUACAGCCCCUACCAGUCCGGCGCGGGCCCCAUGGGCUGCUACCCGGGAGGCGGGGGCGGGGCGCAGAUGGCCGCCACCGUGCCCAGCAGGGACUCCGGGGAGGAAGCCGCGGAGCCGAGCGCCCCCUCCAGGACCCCCCAAUGCGAGCCGCAGGCCCCGGAGAUGCUGCAGCGAGCCCGAGAGUACAACGCGCGCCUGUUUGGCCUGGCGCAGCGCAGCGCCCGAGCCCUACUCGACUACGGCGUCACCGCGGACGCGCGCGCGCUGCUGGCGGGACAGCGCCACCUGCUGACGGCGCAGGACGAGAACGGAGACACACCACUGCACCUGGCCAUCAUCCACGGGCAGACCAGUGUCAUUGAGCAGAUAGCCUAUGUCAUCCACCACGCCCAGGACCUCGGCGUCGUCAACCUCACCAACCACCUGCACCAGACGCCCCUGCACCUGGCGGUGAUCACCGGGCAGACGAGUGUGGUGAGCUUUCUGCUGCGGGUGGGUGCAGACCCAGCUCUGCUGGAUCGGCAUGGAGACUCAGCCAUGCAUCUGGCGCUGCGGGCAGGCGCUGGUGCCCCUGAGCUGCUGCGUGCACUGCUUCAGAGUGGAGCUCCUGCUGUGCCCCAGCUGUUGCAUAUGCCUGACUUUGAGGGACUGUAUCCGGUACACCUGGCGGUCCGAGCCCGAAGCCCCGAGUGCCUGGAUCUGCUGGUGGACAGUGGGGCUGAAGUGGAGGCCACAGAGCGGCAGGGGGGACGAACAGCCUUGCAUCUAGCCACAGAGAUGGAGGAGCUGGGGUUGGUCACCCAUCUGGUCACCAAGCUCCGGGCCAACGUGAACGCUCGCACCUUUGCGGGAAACACACCCCUGCACCUGGCCGCUGGACUGGGGUACCCGACCCUCACCCGCCUCCUUCUGAAGGCUGGUGCUGACAUCCAUGCUGAAAACGAGGAGCCCCUGUGCCCACUGCCUUCACCCCCUACCUCUGAUAGCGACUCGGACUCUGAAGGACCUGAGAAGGACACCCGAAGCAGCUUCCGGGGCCACACGCCUCUUGACCUCACUUGCAGCACCAAGGUGAAGACCUUGCUGCUAAAUGCCGCUCAGAACACCAUGGAGCCACCCCUGACCCCGCCCAGCCCAGCAGGGCCAGGACUGUCACUUGGUGAUACAGCUCUGCAGAACCUGGAGCAGCUGCUAGACGGGCCAGAAGCCCAGGGCAGCUGGGCAGAGCUGGCAGAGCGUCUGGGGCUGCGCAGCCUGGUGGACACGUACCGACAGACGGCCUCGCCCAGCGGCAGCCUCCUGCGCAGCUAUGAGCUGGCUGGCGGGGACCUGGCAGGUCUACUGGAGGCCCUGUCUGACAUGGGCCUAGAGGAGGGAGUGAGGCUGCUGAGGGGUCCAGAGACCCGAGACAAGCUGCCCAGCACAGCAGAGGUGAAGGAAGACAGUGCGUAUGGGAGCCAGUCAGUGGAGCAGGAGGCAGAGAAGCUGGGCCCACCCCCUGAGCCACCAGGAGGGCUCUGCCACGGGCACCCCCAGCCUCAGGUGCACUGACCUGCUACCUGCCCCCAGCCCCCUUCCCGGACCCCCUGUACAGCGUCCCCACCUAUUUCAAAUCUUAUUUAACACCCCACACCCACCCCUCAGUUGGGACAAAUAAAGGAUUCUCAUGGGAAGGGGAGGACCCCUCCUUCCCAACUUA